AUGGGUCCAGAGAAUGAAGAGGAAACAGAAAAAGAUCAAAGACCUCUAAUUCUCCCCACCUCGUUGAUACAUGCGCAGCAAGAUGCGGAAGCGGAGAGAGCUAAAUCCCGGGAGCUUGCACAACUUUUAGAAAAUUAUGACCCUAAAGAUUUUCUCACCCUGCGGCCUAUUCGACGCUGGUUCGAGGAAGGGAUCUAUCAGAGCUCUACAGAUACCAGAUUUGUCGUCCGGCCAAAGUUUUUGAUGGGCUGUAUAGCAAGAUGUCUCAAAAAGAUUGACAAAAAGUAUCUCCGGGGGUUUCGGAAUGCUGAUAUCCCGUUCAGUGGCCAAGAUGGAGUAAGCCCUGACGUCGACUUUGAUGCACAAAUGCAGUACGCCAGCUAUCGGUAUCUUUUAGCAGAGAGAUAUUCAAGGUUACGUGAAGAGUUUUACAAGGAUGAAGACGCAAAUUAUUAUCGUUCAGUUUUCGAGGUCCUGUCGAGCCAGGCAACAUCAUUGAAUAUCUGGGUCACAACUGAGGAUGCAGAGGUGUGCGCAGGAAAGUUCGCCGUACUGGAAAAGGUGGAUGACAAAGGGGCUUGGAAAAAUCACAAGUGGGAGGAGGUGACGGAGUAUAUAAUCGAACAAAAGAAAGCGCCGAAAGGGCGAGGUUCGAAAGCUGCUCGAACUAAGGCCGAGUACAUGAAGGCCGUUUCAGGCGGAGUCCAUAAGCGGAAGAAAAUACAAAAAGAUGCUAAGAAGUCCCGUGGAUCGACCCCUGGUAGCGACAAGAAGAAUGAGUACGUCAUAGUCGUAGAAGAACUGGAUGGCAUGGAAAUUACGGAGGAGGAUUAUGAAAUGGGUGACCAAUACGUCUCUGAAAAUGAAGAGGAGAAGGAAGACCCGAAUCUUGGAAACAAGUCCCAAGGCGAUGGUUCCAAGACUGGCGAGGGGUCCAAUGUCCCAGAUAACGCCGAGGGACAGGGUAAAGGUACCCAACCUCAGGAUAAAAGUACCGGGAACCCUGUACCGCCCUCCACGAAUAAAAAAUCUUCCAAGCUACAAGAUGAUUCUGCAGCCAAUAAUAUGAAUAGCUUCGGAGUCCGGAAAGAUGGCGAGGAUGUCAUAAUCGAUGAGGAUAUAACAGCGGUAUUCUUUAGAGGAAGACCGGUGGCGCGCUGUUGCAAUUCUAGCCAAAUAAUCUUGGCCAUAGGUCCAAGAAGCUCACCGAUACAUCGUAUAUUGCUACCAGCUGAGUGCAACGUUGCCUGGGAUCAAUACCCCAAAAUCUCAAAUUUAGAUAAAGAGGACAGGCGAGCCGGGAAGCCUGAAUUUCACGGCAUGUUGCGGGGUAUUUCAGCCGUCGCGUUCGUCGAUGCAAAUAAUAGAGGUCCGGAAGCGAUCGACCCUCGCAAGCGACAAAAAGGCUUUAGAAUGCCUUUAACAUAUGUCCUUCUCUCUUGGAGAGAUGGACACAAAACGUGGGAGCCUAGGUCUAAUUGCAAAAAUCUGAGUUUACCAAGGCGUUCGUCAAAGGCAUGGGACCAAAGGAUUUAUGACGUCGCCGUCAAAUUCCAGAAUCAUCAUGAGAAAGCGAACCCUGACAGCGAAAUAUUCAGGGUCCCGAAUAUUAAAGUCGAGGAGGAGGAUGAGGGGGAUUGGUAA